AAGUAAUUCCUAGAACACAAAGGAAAGCUAAACAAUCGCUUCCAGUGGCAGUCAGUUCGCUGGUGGCGACCGCAGUGCGCAGGCGCAAAUAGCAAGCACGCAGCGACCGACAGUCCAGUCCGACACUCGGCCAGCACUCGCCUUGCACGCAACAUGGCGGCCCAGCGGUGUUUGCCCGUGCUCUGCGUGGUUCUAGCGAUUGCAUCGACGGAACCCGUUCCGGGGAGGAUCCCUAAGGUGUACAACGCUUUGAUCACGUCGAAUCAGAACUUGGAGCCGAGCAAAGCGUAUCCCGUGUACCAGCCUGUGCUGCACAACGCGUUUCCGUUCCCAUAUCAACCUGUAUUUUAUGGAGAUGUGCCUCUAACAAAUGGCCUCAUUCCAGUACCUGCAGCUAGUCCAAAAGACGUAGGAUCGAAUACAAAUACGAAAGAAUCGCCACCACUAACCACUGCAGCCCCAGCGGAGUCGGAACCAUCUGAAAACCCCACUCCACCAGAACCGGAGCCGAGUCCAGCUCCAGAAGGCGACAAACCUAAAGCAUCACCACCUGAGCCACCGAGAACAGAAUCCCCAAUACCCCUCAACGAAUUUGGUCUUCCACCUCAAAUUGUACCUUUAGGAGGGGGUCACUUCAGCCCAGCGUAUCAAUAUACGCAAUUCACUUUCCCAUACUCAUACCCUGGGCUACGUUUCUAUGAUCCUUACAAUCCUUUCGGUUUCCAACCUUAUGCUGGAUUUCCACUUUACCAACCGUUGACGAAUAUCUUAGGAGCUGGUGCGCCAGUUCCAGCUCUCAAAGCUGAAGCGCCAGCGCUUGCAGCUGCCCCCGCAUUAAGCCAAUCAUCACAGACUCCACCCCCGGAACCGAGCGAUCUUAACCUCCUCAAUUACUCCUCCAAAGACCCUGCGAUCCCUAAUGUGCCACCACCACCUCUGCCACAGGGUGGUCUAAAAACGAACGCGGAGUAAAUAUUUUAAAUAAGAUAGGUAUAAAGCUCCAUCUAUCAUAAAAAAUCUAAUGUUAUUAUAAUUUAUGAUAUAAUAUAUUUUUUACGUAUUAGGAACUAAAUACGAACUAGUACGGAAUAAAUUUUUAAUACAAAGUAUUAAAUUACUUAAAUUAUAAAAUAGUCAUAACUGUACAAUGUAUUUCCAGCAAUACUUACUAAAAGUUUAAUUUUGUCUAUUACGAAACUGUGCGGUAUAUUUACGUGAAUUUUCUCAAAAAGUGCAAUACGUUCUAUUAAUAUAAUUGGUAUAUAAAAAAAAUCGGAAACUAUUAAAACAACAUAAAAGUAAUGUCCUUUAGGACUUAUUAUGUAAAUUCUCUUUUUACAAGUGUUACUUACACUGAUGAGCAUUUAUAAUUUACAUCUAAAAGUAAAGUUAUACUUUUAGAUGUAAAUUAUAAAUGCUCAUCAGUGUAAGUAACACUUGUAAAAAGUACUUAUUAACAAUUAGUAUUAAUCAAUGAGAUCUUGAAUAAAAAAAUUCCUUGUAGUGAAAAAAAAUCGGAAAAAAAUCAUCGUAUUUUGAGUAUUUUUUGUAAGGUAUCUUAUAAUCAGAGUAAAUCUUUAUAUAACUUGUAUACUCCAGUGACAAAAAGUUGUAUACGAGAAAUUAUAGCCCAUAUUCUAUAUUUUAGAAAUAUUGCGUCAUCGUUAAAAAUGCACACCUAGAAUAAUGCUGGCCACUCACCAACCGAUAAUCCCACAUAGCUGCAGCGUUAGAUAGACGUUAGAUAAAACUGAUCAUGUGUUGAUGAUGUCAUGCACAUCGCGACCGACAUACGAUCAGUCUUAUCGGCUGUCAAGCCGUUGGCGCUGUAGACAUGUGAGCUUACUUGGUCGUCAGGGUCGUCGUCAAAAAAAAAACAAGAAUCAUGUACCUAAUAUUUCAUAUGAUCAUUAUCAUCAUCAUAAUAUCGGCCAAUGGACGUACACUGCAGGAGUGGGCCUUUUGUAGGGACUUCCAAACAUCACGAUUCUGAGACAUCCAGCGAAUCCCUGCUACUCGCUUGAUAUCUACAGUCCUGGUGAUGGCUCAACCAACACUGCGUUUCUAUAGAACGGGGUCGCCAUUACCAGCACCUUGGGACCCCAACUCUUCGAACUAUGUACCCCGCCCAUUGGCACAUCAGCAUAUACUCGUAAAUACUUUAUACGUUAUAGUAUUAUGUAGAAUAUGAAACGGACCACUUUUUCUAUUAGAUAUAUUUAUGACGUGCUGACUGAAAACUUAAAAUAUUUUUAUUUUUCUUUUAUAGAGCACGGUAACGACCAUUAACAUUGUUUUUUACAAAUUCUGUGAAUAGACAUUGAAUCUAACAAACUAGCAGGCUUGUUCACUAACAAUGACGUAUGUUAGUUGCCAUAUUAUAAAAAAUUGAGAUUCUAUGUAACAAUUGUCAUCCAGUGCCUACUGAGAUCCCUUUGUGGAUACAGUAGGUAGAUAACAUUUCUCGGUUGAUUAGAUGUUUAUUUUAAUAGGUUGUUAAUAAAGACCAAAUUAGUGAAUAAGCCAGCAGCAGGCUGUCAUGUCAUCCGGUGCCAACUGACGUCCCUUCAUAGAUAUCAUACAGUAGGUAGAUGACCCAUCCUGAUAGUGAAGCAGGAUGGCGGUUCGUUCAAGUCAUCAUUAUCCUAUUUUAACGGCCCACUGCAGGGCCAGGCGUCCCUCCUUAUAGAAGUGGUUAUGGAGCAUAUAUCCACUACGCUACUCCAUUACGGGUUAGUGGGUUUCUGGUUCUUUUAUGUACCUACAUACUUAUAAAUAAGUACAUAUUGUAGUGAUAUCAAAUAUGAAUUGAUAUUCUUGUACCGUCUAUGUAUAAAAUGUGUUAUUACGAUUACUAACACUUAUGAUAAAUUCGUACCUACUAAACAAGUAUAAUAAAUAGGUGUAAUGAAAA